AUGGCCUACCGCCGGAAGCAGGGCGCCGCCGCCGACGAUCGCCGGAGCUCCUAUCCCCAGGCACGCACUCCUGUCCCUCCUCCUCUUCCUCUGCCUCCUGUUCUGCUGUGCCCCGCUGGCUUGGACUCUGCUUCGUCGCACGGCUACACAUCGUUGAAAAACAUAGAUGAGCCCAAGAUCGGGUUGUGGCAAACUUUGGCGAGCAAAGCCAAGGGAAUCCUCGACGACGACGGUCUGACACAUAAGUUUGAGGACUUGAGGAGAGAACGGCCUCGUAGCAACACUGCUGCAUCCAGCAAAGAUCAGGCCCCUAACUCUCGUUGGUCAUUUGAGAACCACUGGAAGGCCGGAGAUGCUGCAUCACGGAUCAGACCAGAGGCUCUUUCUGCUUCUGUCAACCAGCUUAGUGGAAAAAUAAAAAAUGCUUUGGAAGAAGGGCUCACAAUUGUGGAUAAUAAGACUUCCAGCAUUAUUGAGGAAACAAAGAAAAUUCAAAUUAGAAGGAAACCUGCCAGUUCAAGUUCUUAUGUGCCGAAUUCAGCUGUAGAUACACAUACACUCAGCACUCCUAAUCUUUCACUUCGUCAACCUGAAUCCGCUGCCCAGGAGACUGGACUGAAAGCUUCUCGCGACGUUGCUAAUGCAAUGGCGGCUAAAGCAAAACUUCUACUCCGUGAACUGAAAUCUGUGAAAGCAGAUCUAGCUUUUGCAAAGCAGAGAUGUGCUCAGCUCGAAGAAGAGAACAAGCUCUUGCGAGAAACAAAGCAGAAAGGGAGCAAAACUGAAGAAGAUGAUGACUUGAUUCGUGUGCAACUGGAGACAUUGCUGGCAGAGAAAUCAAGGCUGGCACAGGAAAAUUCAACAUAUGCCCGUGAAAACCGCUUCUUGCGUGAGAUAGUAGAUUUUCAUCAAUUCACAACACAAAAUGUUGUCUCAUUGGAUGAUGGCGAUAUGGAAGACAGUGAACCAGAAGAAGACAACGACAUCAUAUGUGCUCAAAACGUGUUGCCCGUGAUUGAAGAAAAUUCAGUAGAUGAAGAACACUCCCCUGUCCCCUCCAGGCCAGAAUCUCCAAUGGUCAUUCCAGGAGAGCCAUCAUCACCCAAAUCCAGCAAUUCUCAUAAAGCCUCAAAGCCAGAUGCUGAUGCAUCUGAUGUAGCAUGA